AUGUUGUCAGCAGCUCCACCGAAGCAUCGAUACGGUUUCAGAGUUUUCGUUGCUUCGUGUAUUUUCACUACGGUUACGAUUUUUGCUGUAAUGUGGGAUGAACGGCGUCAAAAGGAACGAAGGCAAGAAGGUGUUAAGUACAGAUUAAAUGCUAUUCAACAGCACACGAAUAUGGAGGAAUAUGAGUUACAGAAAAAGAAAUACGAAGAAUAUAAAGCUGCUAACUCUUAAAUUCGCAAUUUUUUGUUAUGACUUUAGGAUUUUUUGUUUAAAGACUGAUUUGCGGGUAUUUUUUAAUGCUCUAAAUAAAGUUCUUAU